CGCAAUCAUGUUUGCCUUAUUUUAUACGCUAAUUAACAAUGUCCGGGUAAUUCUGGGACACCCUGUAUGAGACGCCCGGUCGAAGCAGACCACUGGAGUCCAACCAGUCACAGUCCUCACCUAUCGAGUCGGUCUGUCUGGAGCCGACUCCCGACAGGAACGGUCGCCGUCCUCCGGCGUCAGAUGGUAUACCUGUGGACGAGAAAUGUCAGCGUGGCUUGGCCGCUGUCCUGCAGAGCGCCGCCUCCGUCGACCGACCCGAGGCGGCAGGAGAGUCUGACAGACCAACGAGCUCUGACCCGGCGGACCUGCACCAAGUAGUAAGGAAGGCUGACCGAACGCCCAGUUCUGACACGGUGCAGCCCCGUAGCGAAAAGUCCAUUCAAAAGUUGGAAGAAAGAAUGAUAUUCCCGAAGGCUCCCGAGGCAUCGAUCAUGACAGAUUAUUCGCUGGCUGCGCGCUCCGACGUCUCUGGCGAAGUCGUGGACACCGAGACGGGCGGCUGCGGACAACUCUCGCCGGUUCCAUCCCAGGGACGGCCACCGCCCGUGCAGUCGGCCAGUACAGACAGCUUCCAUCGAGGGGACGUAGACCGCUCAGAGCUUGCCGAAGAUCACACCAUGCCGGCCGAGAGCGCUUCAUGGGAGCAGCAGUCGCCUCUGACAUCUGACCGGUGGCAUAAGAAACGAGCUGAGCAGUGCCACUCUGCGAUUUCUGCGACGGAGGAUAGAAGCAAUGACGGAUCAUCACAUUCACGACCGCCCUCACCACCGAGCGGUGUGUCGGAAGCCCUCACGAGCGAGGCUGUGGUGCUUCAUGAGAAUGACAGUACCCGGGAGAGUUCGCGCUGCGACGUAUCGCUGCUCGGUGGAGGGGACGCGAGGACCGGCCUAUGGACGGUGAGGCGCCGUCCGUACAUCGGCCGUGCUCCGCUGUGUCACAGGAGAAUGGCAGCGGUGAUACGGGAGUAGAGACGGCGCCAGGGGAUCUUGAAUGCUCGACCUCUGCCAUAUCCGUGACGGCGGAGACUACCCCGACCCCUCCGCGAGUGCUGAAGCCGGCAGUGGUGAAAGAGGAGGUCCCUUCACAUCGGUCUCCGUCAGUUUCACACCACACCACCGGCCCGCGGAGUAUCUUCAGCCCUUCCUGUCAACUGACACUGGACGGCGCUCUGGCGUCCCCGCCGUUGCCUCCAUCGGGCUCUGAAGACCCUCUGGUGUCGACAGUUAUGAGAACCACACCCGUGCAGGAGGACCAAGAGUGUGGAUCAGGGGAAGUGCAAAAGGCCGUCGGGAGACAUGGGUCAGUAACAGACCUACCGGAAGGAGGUGAUAUUUCAGACACGAAACGGGAGAGCGCUGCGCUGCUUUCUGUAACGGUUUUGUCUGAGCCUUUCUCGCCCCCCGCUGUGCCUAAAGAGUCUGAGCUGCCGCCGAGCCGAGAGCGGCUCUCUGAGGUCAGUCCGGACAGAGGUGAACCUCCAACCAAAAUGUUUCAUCUUAGUGGCGUACCGACAGCUAAGGUGACACACCUGAGCCACGAGACGACGGCCCAGGCACUACUCACGAGUUCCGAGCGACAAGUGGCACAUAUUUUGGGCUGCGAGCAAACAACCAGGGUGGUUCAUCUGAGCCACGAGCAACCAGCCAAAGUGGCCCAUCUGAAUGGCGAGCCACCAGUGAAGGUGGCUCUUCAAAGUGACGAGCCACCAUCGAAAGUGACCUAUCUAAGCUACGAGACGACUGUCAAGGCGGCACACCCUAGCAGCGAGCUGCCAACCGCCCAUCGCAUUGUAGGCGACACGACAGGCUGCAGCGUCACCGCCGGAGCGCAACCAUCGGCCACGGAGCCCGCGGCGUCCCAGCUGACGGCAGCCGACAGUUUCCUGGCGGCGCUCUCUGCGCGGGUGCAGAGCCGCGCGGAGCGCACCCCGCUGUCUGCCCGGCGCGGACUGCCGAGCGCGCUGCUGACGAGCCGUGCCGGCCGUCGGGUCCGUGGCCGGCCCCGCGUCGGCCCUGUGGCGCUGAGCCGCGCGCUGAGCCGCUGUGGGCUGCCGGAGCCACGGCGAGGGGCGGCUGCACGCACUCCGAGGGCCGCGGAGCCGCCGGGAGUGGGACAAGGCGCUGUCUGUGGGCUUACACAGACGCAGAGGUCAUCAGACGACCACGUGGAGACGGCUGUGCCGCUGGACGAGGUGACGCUGCGCUGCCUGGCCUGUCUGGUGGAGCGGGGCGACGAGCUGCUGCAGCCUCUCCGGCUGGACGUGCCGUUCGCGCUGCUGGAGCCCGACAACAGCCGUCGCCUUCUGAAGGAGAUGUGCAGCCAGGUCAACGAGUCGCUCAGCUCAUUGGAGCGCCAGGGCCUGCUGCGCCAGUACCGACACACGCUCGCCGUUCACGGCCUGGCCAAGGCCCGCGACAUGACCGCCCACCUCUCCGCCGUGUGCGGUCUCCGGCAGCUGCGCAUCUUCAGCCGCACGCACGCCGACAUACUGCAGGGCUGCCUGGACGCGGUGAUUGGUGACCUGGAGUCGACACUGGCCGGCCGCUCCGCCCGCCACCCGCGCGUCGCCGCGUUACUGGCCCUGCUGACUGAGCUGCACGUGGACUCACUACCGGGUCCGGUGCUGGUAGUGACAGAACAGCUUCCUGAGCUGGCCGAGGAGCUCAGCUCAGCUCUGACUGAGGUACCCGGGGUCCGGCACGUCUUGCUGACCGCUGAUGAGCCCCAGCAGCGGCUGAAUGAGGCGCUGCGUCAGCGCGCCGUGCUGGUGCUGAGCUGCGGCGCUGAGGUGCCGACGCGCUGGCCGCUGUCCCGCUGCGCGCUGCUCGUGCCGCUGCUGCCUCCCGCUGCCGCUGGUCCACUGGUACAGCGGUGCCGUGCCUCCUCAGUGGCUGUCCGCUGUCUGCCCGUGAGGCCCGACUGGGAGGCGCUGAGACACCCGGAGAGACACGUGCUCGUCUCCCCUCCCCCUGCACCGCCGCCGCCCGGACCCCCGCCGGCCGGCCAGCCGGUCUCGGUGGUGGCCUGUGCUUCUGCUGCCGAACGCUGGGGUCUGCGGCGUCUGGAGGAGCUCUCCGGUCACACUGUCACCGCCCACGUCAGAGAUUACAGCCGGCUGGUCGGGCUCUCUGCCGGCCCGUUCCCCGAUCUGGUGCUGGCCGCCGACUCCUGUCUGCUGGUGCGCUCCCUGGCCGACCUGGCGUCCCCCUCGGACGGCCAGCGGCUGGCGGCGGAGGUGCGCGCUCUGCAGCAACAGGCGGCGCUCUGCUGGCUGGUGGUGGUGGGCCGCCGCCGCGCCGCCGCCGCCGCCGAUACCGACACCAGGCGGGAGGAGGCGGUGGUGGGUCGGCUGCGGGCCCUGCUGGCCUCCGCCGCUCACCUUCCCGAGUAUACGCUGCGCCUGGUGCGUGCCGAUCAGGACAGCGUGGUGCACAUCGUCCUGGAUAUCGUGCAGCAGACCAGCGAGACGGCGGGAUCGGCGGGUGACGGACGGUCAGACGACUUCCAGCCCUCCGCCGACGCCCAGUGCACAGAGGACGAGUGGCUUCUGCUGCAGCUGCCGGCGUGUAACGCCGUCUCUGCGGGCCUCCUGCUCCGGCGGGCCGGAGGGCUGCAGCAGCUGCGCGCUGCUCCGCUCGGACGGCUCGUUCAGAUCAUGCCAGAGCUGCCGGUCAGGGUCCUGGCAGCCCUGCAGCGCCACCUACAACAGCCGAAACAGACGACAGCGACACCGGGUGACUUCUGCGUAGAUGGUAUGGCACCUAUGAACAACCAAGACCUAACCGGCCCGGGCUUCCUGUCGUUGCCUCGGCCGCCUUCGCCGCCCACAGCGGCCUUCCCUUCCGACGUCCUCCGACGAGAGCCCACCGUUCCCUGUAGCCGUCAUCGGCGGCCCGGGCUCCAUCCCGACGUUCCCCCGUUUGGCACAGAGUGCCACACACGGCCACCGUACGAUGACGAGUCAGACGGGGACUAUGGAUCGCGUCAUCACCCGGUCUACGGCGGGCGGUUCGACCGACAGCACGGCUCGGAGCACGGCCUGGAGCACGGCGGCUCUGCGGCCGACGGGACAGACGACUGGCUGACCGCCCCGAACGCGGUGGACCUGCUGGCUGCCGAGGCCUGUUCCGACGAGUGCAACCCUCACUGGCUGGAUGAAGACAAUGUGUAUGACGACUCACCGCCAAUGGAAACGAGUCAGUGACGUCAUGGCUUUCCUGGUGACGUCAUCUGGAGAGUCCGGCUGAGCCGAGUGCGGUGGCGGUGGAUAAGGCUUGGAUACUGCUUGCACAGCACGCAAAGAGCUAGCUUUCGUACCCAUGACCGGACGAUUGAUCUCGUAAUUUGGCGGCUAGUGAUUGAAAUGCCCAUUUGUUCCGUGGAGUGAGGAAAUAAACGUGUUCAGUUGUCGAA